AGUAAAUGUUACUGAGCACAUGGUGGUCUGCUCUUUGCAUUUUAAUAAAAAUGAUUACUUUUUACCAAAUAUACAUUCUCAAAGAAGGAAUUUGAAAAAGACUGCAGUUCCAUCAUGUAAUUUACCAAGAAGUUUUAAAGCAACCGAAAACGUCAAAAAUAAAAGGAAAUUUGAAAAAAAUAAUAGAAAAAAAAUUGUUAAGAAUACAAUAACUUCUACAAAUAAUUCAGCUUUGAAAACUGUAAAAAAUCAAGUUAUUGAAGUAGAUUCAGAAAGAAAUAAAACAGCUAGUGAACAAGCAGAAACAAUAUUUUAUAAAUCAGGCCACAUGCAUUUUUUAGUUUCAGAAACAAAUUUUGCUAAUACAGGAAUUGAAUCUUGUGAAAUUUUAGAAAAUGAUACUAAAUUAUCGAAUCAUGAUGCGCAAUAUCUCUUUUUAAUCGAAAAUGAAGAUAUAAAAAUGGAACCUGCGGAUACAGAAUUAACAAAUGAAAAUGAACAAAUAAAAAGUGAUAUAUUAGAUAGAGAAUUUAUAAUUGAACAAGAAAAUCUAAAAUGUGACGAAAUUUUGCAUACGGAAAUAACAAUUAAAGAAGAAAAUAUAGAUAUUGAACCCGAAUUAUCUACAAAAUGCACAACUGCAGGCGAAAACAUAAAAUUCGAUCAAGAAAUACACACAGAAGUAAUAAUUAAAGAAGAAUUUUUUUUUCCUACAGUUUGAUGUGCGUUUCAUAGCCGUACGAUUUUUUGUUGUUAAAUUAUGACCGAUUUUGUAAGCGGUGAUUAAAUAUGCUCCAAAACUCAUGUAUCUCGAUAUAUCUUCAAAAGUUUGUAAAAUAAGAACAAAUUAUUAUUAACAAUUUAUUUAAAGAACGUAAAAGUCUCUAGAAAAACGAUGUAUUAAUUUUGGCGAGAAUCCAACAAAAUGGGAUUAUAAAGUUGUCACUCACAAGUAAAUCAUACGCAUAUGAAACGCACACCAAGUUGGAGUAGAAAAAUUGGACUAAGACAAAAAUGUUUUUAUUAAAAGAGUGACACUCGCCGUGCGUCAGGGCAAAAAUUGAAUUUUUUUUUAUUACAAAUGAUUUUGAAUUUUCAAUUUACCUUACAACUUCGAGUCUUAGAGAAUAUUUUUGUGUGGAGAAAAUCAAUAAAAUAUUGAUGCAGU